CAAUCCAGACGCCCUCUCAGCCACAGCCAGCACCACACCACCACCUCCACCUCCUCCUUCCCACGCCCCAGUGCGCUGCUGUGGGAUAGUGGCACUAUAAAGUAUAUCCACCUCUCGCUCGGGAGAAAAGAUAAGGAGCACCAACAAGAGACACAGAGAGGGGGAUGAAGAUGGCGGACGCCAAGCAGAAGCGGAACGAACAGCUGAAGCGGUGGCUGGGCUCGGAGACGGACCUGGAGCCGCCCGUCAUCAAGAAGAAGAAGACGAGGGUGAAGUUCGACGACGGCGCCGUGUUCCUGGCCGCCUGCUCCAGCGGCGACGCCGAGGAGGUGCUGCGGAUGCUGGAGCGCGGCGCCGACAUCAACUACGCCAACGUGGACGGUCUCACCGCGCUGCACCAGGCAUGCAUCGACGACAACGUGGAUAUGGUGACCUUCCUGGUGGAGCACAACGCCAGCAUCAACCAGCCCGACAACGAGGGCUGGAUCCCCCUCCACGCCGCCGCCUCUUGCGGAUACAUGGACAUAGCAGAGUAUUUGAUAAGUAAGGGGGCCGAUGUGGGCGUGGUGAACAGCGAGGGGGAGACGCCCCUUGACAUCGCCGAAGAAGAAGCAAUGGAGGAACUCCUGCAGAAUGAGAUCAACCGCCAAGGUGUGGACAUCGAGGCGGCCAGGAAGGAGGAGGAGCGCAUCAUGCUGCGGGACGCCAGGCAGUGGCUCAACAGCGGCCAGAUCCAAGAUGUCCGCCACACCAAGUCCGGAGGCACGGCGCUCCACGUCGCCGCCGCCAAGGGCUACGUAGAAGUUUUAAAGCUCUUGAUCCAGGCGGGCUAUGAUGUAAACAUUAAGGACUACGAUGGCUGGACCUCGCUCCACGCAGCGGCUCACUGGGGCAAGCAGGAGGCCUGCAGGAUCCUGGUGGAGAACCACUGCGACAUGGACCUCAUCAACAAAGUGGGUCAGACGGCCUUCGACGUUUCAGACGAGGAUGUCCUCGGCUACUUGGAAGAGCUGCAUAAGAAACAGGAUCUGCUCUCGAACGACAAGAAGGACGUGAAGAAAUCCCCCCUGAUCGAGACGACCACGACCGGAGACAACAACCAAUCCCUGAAGCCGCCCAAGAGCGAAAAGACGGUGCUGCUGGAGCCGGAGAAGAUCGUGGCCAACAUCGAGGUGCUGGAGCAGGAGAAGGUGGACGAGGAGGAGGAGGGGAAGAAGGACGAGUCAAGCUGCUCCAGCGAGGAGGAAGAGGAGGAGGACUCUGAGUCCGAGAAUGAAGCAGAGAAGACCAAGACCCCCGGUCCUCCAGUCAGCCUCGCCACCACGGCUGCCGUGACGACCCCCCCCGCCGCCGUCACCGUGGCGACCCCAUCCAGCCCCACCAACCAGGUGACCACCCCCACCUCACCGGUCAAGAAGGUCCCGGCGUCGCCCACGGCCAAGGUGUCGUCGCCGCGGGCGACGGAGGAGGACCGCAAGGACGAGUCCCCCGCCUCGUGGCGCCUGGGCCUGAGGAAGACGGGGAGCUACGGCGCGCUGGCCGAGAUCACGGCCACCAAGGAGUCCCAGAAGGAGAAGGACGCGGCGGGCGUGAUGCGCUCGGCCUCCAGCCCGCGUCUCUCCUCCUCGGUCUCCAUGGACAACAAGGACAAGGAGAAGGACAAGAGCACCCGACUGGCCUACGUCGCCCCGACCAUUCCCCGCCGACUGGCCAGCACUUCAGACAUCGACGAGAAAGAGAACAGGGACUCCGCCUCUCUGGCCCGCAGCAGCUCCUACACCCGCCGGCGCUGGGACGACGACCUGAAGAACAGCGACAGUACCGCGUCCACCACCACCGCCUCCACCACCACCACCACCACCAACCGAGUCCCCAUCUACCAGCGCAGCACGUCCCACACGCUGGCACUAGGGCGCAGCGGCAGCACGCGGGACGUGCCGUCCAAGUCGUGGUCCACCUCCAGCUUGGAGCCUAACGCCUCUAACACUAAACCCUGGCAGUCGCCCUCCUCCCAUUACCAGUCUUACAGCAUUUACCGCAGUGGCUCCUUCGGCAGGCGGGGUCAGCACGAGGACCUGACCUCCACCACCACCUCCACCUCCCCGACGACCACCACCACCUCCAGCCCCGUCUCCUCCACCACCACCACCACCACCACCUCCUCCACCACCUCCACCUCCUCCUCCUCGGUUACCUCACCCACCGGCCACCGCGGUCUGCUCUCGAGCCUGGGCACCUCCUCCACCCGGCCCCCCACCAGCCUCACCAGCAGGUACUGGUCGGAGGAGAGCUCCGACCGGGACAAGGAGAAGGAGUCCGCGGCGGUCAUCCCCACAAUGAACACUGGCUCCACCACCACCACCUCCUCCACCACUAGCACCAUCAUCGGCUCGGACGGCAGGGAGAGACGCAGGUCGUACCUUACGCCAGUGAGGGACGAGGAGUCGGAGUCUCAGAGGAAGGCUCGCUCCAGGCAGGCGCGGCAGUCUAGGAGGUCCACCCAGGGCGUGACCCUGACGGACCUCCAGGAGGCGGAGAAGAUCGGUAAGGGCCGGACCCCUCGGAGCCGCGAGGAGGAGCGCGAGAAGCAGGACAAGGAGAAGCUGCAGGAGGAGCGCAAGGAGACGGAGACCAGGGAGGACGACUACCGGUCGCGCUACCGCAGCUUGGACGAGACCUACCAGCGGUACCGCCCCUCGGCCACCUCCUCCACCACCUCCAGCAGCGUGAGCACCUCCUCCUCCGCCCCCCUCUCCUCCACCUCCUCCUCCUCCCUCCACCGACCCAACUCCCUGACGGGCAUCACCUCCUCCUACUGCCGCUCCUCCCGGGACACGGAGAAGGAGACGGACAAGGAGGAGGAGAAGGAGGGCGAGGACAAGUCCCAGCCCCGCUCCAUCCGGGAUCGCCGGCGGCCCCGCGAGAAGAGGCGCUCCACGGGGGUGUCCUUCUGGACCCACGAGAGCGAUGAGAAUGACGCCGACCCACAGUCGGACUCGGAGGACGGCAGCGUCAAGAGCGAGCCUCAGAGCGACAGACUGUCAAGGAAUGACGGCAGCACUUCCUAUGAACGCAAUGAGUCGGUGGGCGGCCGUACCUAUGGCGACGGUCGGAGGCCCUACUCGAGCAGGCUAGACAGGGACGACAACACUGACUACAAGAAGCUCUAUGAGCAGAUCCUAGCUGAGAACGAGAAGCUGAAGGCCCAGUUACGCGACACGGACCUAGAGCUGGCGGACCUGAAGCUCCAGCUGGAGAAGGCCACGGCGAGGCAGGAACGCUACGCCGACCGGUCGCAGCUGGAAAUGGAGAAAAGGGAAAGAAGAGCGCUUGAAAGGAAGAUCUCUGAGAUGGAGGAGGAGCUGAAGAGCCUGCCCCAGGUAAAGCAGGUGCAGGCCCUGCGGCAGGUGAAGGAGCGCUUGCAGACGGAGAACCGGGCGCUGGGCCGCGUGGUGGCCAAGCUCUCGCAGUCCCGCAACCGCCGGCCCGCCUCCGCCUCCUCCUCCUCCUCCUCCUCCAUCGACCUCUAAACCCAAAACAAACCACCUCCGUCACCACCACCUCCUCCUCCUCCUCCCCUUUUCUUCCUUCCUCCCCCCUCCGUUCACGCUCCUCCAAUCCAUCCCAUCUCUUUUCUGUGCCUUCCAUUCGCGCUCCGCCACGUCCCCGUAGC